ACAUAACCACCCAAAUAUAUGAAGCAUCAAGGUGGUUUCAAUUUCCUGGUGCUCUUUUUACUUUUACUUUGUGUGUUAGUAAAUUCCUCCGUCGGAUAUAAAUUCUGCCAUACAAGACGCUUUGUCCAGGAGCAAGAAAAAAUUAACGGAUCCGUAGUGUGUGCAGACAUUACAGGGUCGAAAUGGAAGAUGAAAAAGCCAAUGGAAAAUUCAUGCAAAACAUUAGAGGUGUGGGUUCCAAAAAAAGUAGGUUUUACUGAGUUUGUUAACGUCAACGAGCAUAAUGAAGUUGAAGGAGGGUUCUCCAUAGCGAUUUUUUGUUAUGUGUUGGAGACGUUACCCUUCAGCAUCGUACCUAAUUUCAUACCCUUUGUCAAUGCGACAGGGCAUAUGAAUGGAACCUAUGAUCAACUUCUAAAGCAAAUUGAAAACCAGACUUGUGCGGCCGUGGCAGGUGAUGUCACUAUACGGGGAAAUAGAGCUCAGUAUGUUUCAUUUACGGCUCCCUAUCUAAGCGCUGAAGUUUAUAUGAUUGUGGAUGCUACACGUGCAUGGAACCAAACCUUGUGGACCUUCUUAAGACCUUUUACCAACAGAGUAUGGAUCACAUUAGUCUCUGCAUGUAUCUUGAUUGGAAUCACGAUUGCCAUUUUAGAAUACCGGGCUGAGAACCCUAAUUUUACUAGCCCGUUUUAUAGGCAACUCAUCAUGGUCAUGUGGUUUCCUAUUUCGACAAUUUUCUUCAAUGAAGGGAAGAUACGCAACAAAGGCUCUAAAGUGAUUCUAGUUGUGUGGCUUUGUAUGUUUCCCAUAGUAGGACAAAUUUAUACAGCUAGUUUAUCCUCAUGGUUGACACUAAAUCAACUGCGUCCAAAUUUGCCUUCAAGCUUUUGUGAUGUAGGAAUAGGAUAUCCAGCCGGUUCCUUCAUUAACGACCUUAUUAUCAAACAAUACAAUUGUAGUUCUGGAAACAAGCUACGAGAGCUCAAUGGUUAUGAAGAAUACAGAAAAGCACUUUCCGAUGGUACUGUAAUUGCUGUAAUUGAUGAGCUCCCAUACGUUAAUCUCUUCCUUUCCAUGUAUGGGUCUGACUACAUGAAACAUGGACCCAUAAAUCAGGCAUCUGGAAUUGCAUUUGCAUUCCCCUUAAAUUCAUCUCUACUAUCAAUCUUUUCUGAAGCAGUCAUCAAUGUUACCGAAAGUAAAAAUAUGACGGAUAUGAAGCAAAGGUAUUUUGGAUUACCCACUCUUGAUGAAUCACAACCUAAUAGUGCUCCUCCACAAAGUCUUGAUGUUCAAAGUUUUAUCGGAUUAUUCAUAUUUAUGGGGAUGGUGAUGAUAGUUGCUAUUAUCGCAUCAGAAAUUUCUCGUUUUGAAAUAAAGAAUAUAGUCCAGCACCAAGAUAAGGAGGAAGAAAAUUCGAAAGAACUAGCUAUUCUUAAAAGUGACACUACACUCAUUACGCCCCCCAUUCGAGAAUGCCCACGUACAGACAAGUUACAAUAGUUUAUCUGCACUUGGGUAGAAGUCUUCAAAUUUAAUACCUGUUAGGCCGUUAGUCUUUAUUUUUCUAAGUUAUU